AUGGCCCCUCCUGUCGCGUCAGAAGUCGUUUCUGAGCAAGUCCAAGAUGACUCUCAAACUAUCACCAGGUCUCGGACUUCAUGGUACCGCUCUAUCCCCUUCCAGAUCGCCGUGGCUAGUGGUGUCUCAUUCACUGCCCCUGGAAUGUGGGAUGCACUGAACAACCUCGGAGCAGGUGGUGCAGCCGAGCCCUACGCUGUUUCCGCGGCGAACGCUUUGGUCUACGGAUUAUUUGCCGUUGUUUGUAUCGCCGCUGGUGCAAUCAACAACCGUAUUGGUCUACGCUACGGUCUAGUUCUCGGUGCGAUCGGUUACCCGAUCUAUGGUGCCGGUCUGUACACCAACACAUACCACACCACGACAUGGUUCAUGCUCUUCGGCUCCGCCCUGUGCGGUAUCUCAGCGGGAUUUUUCUGGGCUGCCGAGGCCGCUAUUAUCAUUGGUUAUCCCAGUCCCAAGGAGCGCGCUUUCUACAUCGCUGUCUGGCAGACCGCGAAAUCUUCUGGUCCGAUCGUCGGUGGUGCAAUCAGUCUGGGACUGAACGCACAGACGGCCGGAAAGGGAACGAUCAGCGCUUCGACUUAUAUCGUCUUCAUUGUCAUUAUGUGCCUCGGUCUGCCCAUUUCGCUCCUACUCAGUCCUGCCGAGAAGGUGCAGCGCAAGGACCACUCUCUUGUGGUUGUGAACAUGAAAGAGAGUUGGGCCAAGGAAUUCAAGGCUGCCUUUUCUCUGAUCUUCACUCGCCGUGUGCUCCUCCUCCUGCCAGCCUUCUUCAUCAGUUACUUCUACAACGGCUUCCAGAGCACCUGGCUGACCACCUACUUCACCGUGCGAUCUCGCGCAUUCUCAUCUUUCCUCACCAACUUCGCCGGAAUCGCGUCUUCGUUCAUCAUGGCGCUGCUGCUUGAUCGCCAGACCAUCUUCAUCAAGACCCGCGCCAGAAUUGCAUUCUGCUCCGUCGUUGCCCUGAUCAUCGGCACCUGGAUCUGGGCUACUAUCCUACAGAAGCAGUUCUACGACCUACCCGAGUCCCCGGUGUUCGACUGGUUCACACCGGGCUUCAACAAAGCGUACGCGCUGAUCUUCUUCUGGACCUUCAGCGGCCAAGCCUUCCAGCAAUUCCUCUACUGGCUGGUCGGCCAGUACAGCACCGACAUCUCAUCGUUAUCCUACCACUGCGGUAUCCUGCGUGGAUUCGAGGCUCUGGGACAGACCGUCGCAUGGGCCAUGCAGACCGAAGGCGGCGCCAACCACUUCGUCAGCAUCGGUCUCAACUUUGGAAUCACGGUUAUCGCGUUCGUUCCCACGUGGAUUGUCCUGUCGGAAUUGGAACACAGCCACGAGGUGCAGGUCACCGUGGAGGACGUCCCGUCCAAAAUAGCCGACGAGGCAACUGCUUAA